UGUAGAAUGUUCGAUCGAAUCACCGUCGCAGAGUGGCAACCUCAACUACUGGGAACAGCCGUUUUCGCAGCCGUAUUUCGACAACGCCACCAGACGCGACGUGACCGCGACCCUGGGCCAGAUGACGUACUUGCACUGUAGGGUCCGAAAUCUCGGCGACCGAUCGGUAAGUCCUCUGUCAGGCUCUCCUCGUUGCCACUUUUACCGGUAGGUACGUAAUAGUAUUUCGGUCAUUUUCGCCGAGGGAUUAUUGUGUAAUACAAGUCGUCGUCAAGUGCUCGGCGGCGCCGAUGCUGUUGAUAUCGAUUAAACAUUAAUCUAUGGCCGGCUCACUUUUAAACUUUGUCGGAAAACUUUUCGACACGUCCGCGGACAAAUUGAUCGUGUCGCCACCGCCUCCGCCUUAAUUGAUCGAGUAAACGACUAAGACUAUACGAAAACAACGACAAUGACGGUCGGGUUGCGUAUUUGUAGACCCUAAUAAUCUCCAAGUUCGGCCCGAGAUUGCUUGGGUCUAUGCGAACCAAUACCUAUGUAAAUACGCAACCCGUGGUGAUUUUUUAUCUACUAUGACAUGAUACUAUAGGUUUUAUGUUUGCACUUAGGCCACUGACUUCCUUGGAUCAUUACCUUCGGGUUUGGUCCAACAGGUAUAGGUUGUAUAUUAUAUAAAACUCCUAAAUCAACUAUAGUUAGGUUACGUUUUGCUUGUACCAAACUCAGAUAGAAUCUGUAUUUUUUCGGUCCGGGUUAUGUCCGGAGGAAAUAGAACCUGUAAAACGGAGUCGAAAUAAUAAAAACGCUCGUCCUGCAAGAACAUUUGCAGUAGAUACCUGAAAAUUACACGAAAUUAUAAUAAUCGUAAAACGCAGAGCGGCUUUUUCUUAGGUUUUCUUUUCUACGGCGCAGUAACGAGAAUAAGGGAAAUACAAACGGCUGUAAUAUUAUUGCAGCAGUAAGGUAAGUGCCUAUAAAUUAUAUCGGUGAUACUGCAAGCAGGCGGCGCGUUUGAAAUGCGGGCAAACUGGAGACCCGAGUUAAUUCGACAAAGAGCUGCCCGCGGUUUACAUAAUCGAGUGGUGUUUAUAAUAAUAAAGCGAUUAUAAUUUCAACGAUUGCGAAAUCCCGCGGUUAAUUAAUAUCGGACGAUACAAAACCAUAUUUUAAUUCUACUCCGAUUCUUGUUCUCCUUAUCUUCCUAAAACCUAUCAUAAUAUUUUUUUCAUUGGCUCCACAUAUGUCCUCGUAUUUUCAAAACAUAAAUAUUAUUCUGUUUCAAAAUUCAUAUUAAAACAUAGUGACAUAAUAAUUGGUAGUGUUUUAUUUAUGACCAGUUUCAAUGAUAAAUAUCAUCGUUAUAGGCAAUAACAAUAAAACCUUCAUAUUUUCAUGAUAAUUAUAAUUUUGAUUGUUUUAAUGCACAUAUUUUUUUAAUUUUCAGCGUAUAAUGCUGAAAAACAGCUUUUUUUCCCGUAUUAACUUUUCUAACAGAAAUCCUACACCGUUCAUCAACAUCAGAAUUUUAGUUUCUGGCUACAAAUUUUGUCUAGCUGAUACAUUAGGAGGUUAUUUUAGAUUAUUUUUAGACUUUUUUUCAUUAGAAACGGUUUAUCGUUGCUUACAGAUAUACAUGAAAUCAUCUAUAACAGUGGCUGCAUCUAAACCCAUUAUCCUAAGAUGACUUUUUUUAUUAGUCUUGUAGUUUUCUUAAUAGUUAAGAAAACUUCGUAUAAAAGUAGGGAAAUCGAGAAAAUUUUAACCACUUGUAACGAAAAAGCUGAAAUCUUUAAUGAUUUCGAUUUCAGCCGAUCAAAACAUAUUUAACCGAAUUUCGCUCAGAAUUACCUUUCAUUUUCAUUAAUUUAUCGUUGCAUUCGACAUAAAAUCAAAUAUUAAAUUAUCCAAAAUAUCAUACCUUUUCGAUUUAUCACAUAUAAACAGUGUGAAAUAUUUUACAAUAUUUCUUAAAAAUAUUAAUGAUUUUGUCCGUAUCUCUCCAUCCGGUCAUCCGAAUGCGCUCUAACUCUUUCAAACGAGAGAGUUAUACAUUUUAUAAUGCUGAUUCACUAAACAAUUCGAUUAGCUACAAAGAAGGUCCCCGUCGAUUUUCAGCUUAAUCGGUCUAAAAUAAAAAGUUCCGAAAGAGUAUUGUAUUAUACUACUCAUGUACCUAUAACUAAUGUUAUAUGUUUAUAAGAAAAAAAGAUUAUGGCUUAACAAAUGUUCAAAACAACACAAUAUUGCAAGUAUUUCUGUAAAAAUAUAAAUGGGGUAAGACAAAAUGCAUUCUUGACAGUUUAUAUACAAAUACGACUGGAGUUGUUUAACUCGUUGGAACGUUAUUUCGGUACUUCCGUUUGUAUCGGUUUAGUUUUAAUGCAAGCCACUUUAUUAUGACGGUUUUUUUUUCUACACAACUUAUCGUAAAAUCAAAACGUUUCAAAAGAGCGUCUUAUUGGCAGGAUAUUAAAAGUUCAACAAUUCAAUUAAAAUAACUAAUACUUUCGAAAGAAUAAAUACAUUUGUGUAGUUCCUAUUCAUUCUGAAAAUAAUAAUAAAAUAUAUACAAAAAAAAAGAAAACAAGAAAAAAACACUUUUUUUUAAAAAUGUUUUUUUACAAUCCCAUCAUCUAGUACUUUAGUAUUUGUAUUUGUAUCUGUAUUUGUUUCGGGGUUAUGAUUAUAUUAUAUACAUAUAUUAAUUUUUUUUUUUUUUUUAAUGCGACGGUUAAAUUAUAAGGACGCUCCCCCGACGUGGCGCCGCGCUUAAAUAGACUAUUGUGUUUUUUGACAUUGCACGUAGGUACAUAUUAUUAUCGGGUAUGUAGCCAGCAUAGGUGUAUCGAAUUAAAACUUUCGCGAGUUUUUAACUUUGCAAAUAUGUUUUAAAAUCGUUAUACUAGUUUAAAGUGGAUUAUGUAUACCGCGAAAGGUUACAAUAUAAACAAGCGAAGGAUCCAAUUUUCAACCGGCGGCGGAUCGUAAACCAUAUACGCGCGUAUAUAACCGUUUAAAGUUUAAUAGCGAUCUCUGAACGGCGGUGUUUUUGGAAACAAACUUACGGUAUAUACCGUGUACAGUAAUUAUUCCGUCGUUUUCCCGUUCGACCUAAUUCAGCCGACGGCGUACGUACACAUAUACCUAACUAUUAGAAAAGGUCGUGUUUUUUUUGUUUUUUUUUUUUUUGUUUUUUUUAUUCAGUUUGUCUAAUACUUCGGGCAUCGGCCGUUAAACAUUAUUUUACGACCCACACAAUUUCGACGAGAAAAUAUAUUUAUCAUAUAUAUAUAUAUAAGGUGUAGCGGCAAUUUUAUUUCCCGCCAUUAAAAUCGUAUUCGUUUAUUUAGGAACGACACGCAUCGCACAAAAUAUAUACAGGAUGUACGUGGUAAUCAGAAAAAAAAUACCUAAGAAAAACGAGCAAACAUUUUAAAUCGAUGUUUGUGUAUAUGUAUCGUUUACAUCAGUGGUAUCAAAGUAUGUUGCUAAAACAACAGCCUCAUCACAUAUUAUACUUUGCCAAUAAUUCAUGCCUGCGCGUUUAUGUCAGUAAUAAGUAAAAAAAUCGAAUAACUCUUAACUGUAAUAUCUUACUCUACUACAGGUGUCCAAAAUUUACUUUACUGUUUGUUCAUUUAGACACAGGCCACUCCCAUAAAAAACAUUCUGUAAUCGCAGCACCUAAGUAUAAUAUUCCUUAGUGUGCAGAUUUUUCAACAUGAAACCGGCGUAUUUCAAUAUCAGAGAUAUUAUUUCAUUUUUUGUGUAUAAAGUGAACAUAGUUAAAAUUUCGUCAAAUCAAUUAUUUAAUUUCAACAUACUGAUAACUUUGCCAAUUUUAUAAUUAGAAAAAAACUUUUUAUAUAAAAAUUGUUUUAAAUAAAAUACUCUACCCGAAUCUUUAGGAAAAUAUUGUGUUGUUGUUUAAAAAAAAAAUAUAUGUUUUAUUGUUGUAUUGCACAUGCGCGUACCGAAAGGGUUAAUUUAACAUUUAAAAUUUGUCGGAAAAUGUGUACUUUGGUACUCGCUUUCAUUCCCCGAAAACUCCAUACAAUUUCAACCAAUUGAAAUAUUUAGUGGCACCUGUACCUUACACGGUACACACUGUAUACACUUAUGUUUGAUAAUACAUAUCGUGGGGGUAUUAUAUCCCUCAUCCUCCCCGUUGGAUCGCUUAUAAGUAAAAAUUAUUGCUAUUCGAUUUUUGGACUUUGAAUAUUGAUAUUGAGCAUAUAAACUUUACAUAAUAAUAAUAUGUUUCUAAUUAGAUUUCGGUCGAUUUCCCGAGAAACUUUCCAGUUUACACAGUCGUUGUUUUUAGAUAUUAUAGAAAAUCGAUCGGUGCAAUUUACCACUGUCCUACGAAACGCGUAAUUAGACCUUAUUCAGAUUUUCGAAAGCCAGUCGGUAUUAAUUUUGGCGCAUUUACCAUCCCGAGUAAAACUUUAUACUUAAACGACGACCAGAAAAAGAAAUCGUUUACGAUUCGCUCGAUUGAACUAUUUUUUCCCCUCAGUUUGCGUCCGAUGACGUGAAAUAACGACGGACUAAACUAAUAUAACGCAUCCGGCAAAAAAUAUAAUAUAUAGGUAUAUAUAUUAUAGAUAUAUAUAUUCGAACGAAAUGACAAAUUGAUGAUUGGGGGUUACCUAUUUUUUAACACUACUGCGCAAUCCUGCGUGUUCAGAAUUCGAUUGUCAUCGUGCGUAAAUAUACGAACUGGGAUAGAAUUUCAAAGUACCUACAUCCAGUACCAGCGAUUAAAUGAUUGAAUAAGAAAAAAAAUCUAUUUGAUUUGUAACGGAGAUCGCAUAUUAAUAAUACGGUUUGGAUUCCGAACGAAUAACAGAAAACUCCGUAUUAUUUUUAUUUUUUCGUCUCAGAAAACACGUUUUAUGUAUGACAGGGAAAACGGUUGGUAAAGCUAUUUGUACAUAUAGAGUAUAGACUAUAAGUCCGUGAUGCCCGUGAUAGUGUUAAUAAUUAUAUAAUUGAGAGUUGGAAUUGGGUAUUUUUUUUUUUAUUUUUUUGAAAUUUCUCGAUGUACCUUAUCAAAAAUGUAAAACCGGGAAGGAAAAACUCGUCGAAAGUAUUAUUAUUAUAAAUACAAAGCUAUAAUUAUUUUAGAAUUUGAGUGGAGCGAAGAAGGUUAUGGUUUUACAAAGAUGUUUAUUUUUUUUUAUUUUAACUGUGAGCAACUUUUCUACCAGAAGACUUGCUCGGAUUUCUACAUGCAGCACUUUUUAAAAAGUAAUCGAAAGUAUAUGGACGUGGGGAGGUACUUUUAGGAAGUCAUUUUUUGAUUUUUCCAAGAGCUUUCCCAGCAAAUGUGAAAAACGCGGGUAAAACAUGGGAAAACUGGGAAAAUCGGUACAGAAUUAAACAAAUAUUAGUAAAGUAUGUUCUUUAAUAAUAUUUAUUCAAUAAAAUAAAGCCUUUUUAAUUAUUUUACUAUACUAUGGAAUAUAUAUUGUUGACAAAGCAUCACUAUCAACAAAAUUCCAACUACGUAUUUUGUAAUCGUAAACAGAAAUUAUUACAAAAUGUUCGAGCAGGCGAAAAUUACUCGGGCUAUAAAGACCAAAUUUGUGUAGUUAAAAAAAAGAACUUUCACUCUGUAACGCUGGUUUUCGUUUUUAGAUAUCACAUUUACUAAAGAACUUAUUCAAGUUUUAUAAAAAUAAAAUCAACAGAUUUUUAACCAAUAAUGACUUGUUUUACAUUUUUUAAUAUCGAAAAAAACAACGUUGCAUGACAUUCUUCUUUUUCUAUGGUGCAAAUGUUGGUCUUUUAAUUAAAUCAAUAACCCUAGAUGGUUUUUCGCACAAAAAAGUUUUCACCAUCGAAUUAGGAGCUGUAGUACACCCUAUUAAAAACAUCAAAGACAUCACUUUGAGUCACGGGGGUUUGGGUUUGUUCGUCUAAACUAGGUACGGUCGUUUUCGAAAAAGCUCGUGACCGGUCGACAACGGAAUUUCGAUGGUUUCUCUGUAGAUGGGGAUUUGGAACAGUUUUGGCAACAUUUCUGCAGAAGAUAUAUACGAGGAAUCCAGAAAUCUCGGAUUUGACGUAGGCAUUUUGAUCGUCGAAAUUUUGGACGCAGAUUUAUGUGUCAGAGAAAAAACUUGGCCGUGCCCCAGAGCCACGCGGGUCCCGUAUAGAUCUGUUGAAGCGCGCAUAAUAUACGGGUUUAAGGGGAAUGAAUAGGAAUAAAAAAUGUUUGUCAAAUAAUUCCGUGACCUCUUCUCAAUUAUUUAUAGUAUAAGCAAUAGCUUUUACGUAUUCAUAAUCACAAUUAAAUCAAAAUAAAAUAUCGCGCCCUACUUCAAUCCGUCAAAAUUCUCCUCAAGCCCAGCGAGUGUAAUAAUGUGUUCGUUACCUUUUGUGACGUGUCACUGCAGAGUACCAUAAAUAAUAAUAAUUCCGCCUAAUAAUUUUAUACUCAAAAGGUCUUUACUCGCAGUGAAUAAUUAAUUUUCGAUUGCAUAAUAGAAUAUUUAAAUAUAAAAUACAAUAUGUAAAUAUAUAAACCAAUGCAAAUAUAUAAAUCAAUAUCCUCUCUGGAUUCGGCCCAAAUCAAAACGUAACAGAGUUGGUUUUAGGAGUUUUACAUAACAUAACCUACUACUUGAUGGUUUAAAUCUGAUAUUGCAUAAAGGGAGUAAGUGUCCUAAAUCAGGAGUUAUAUUGGGAGACGCAAGAGAAUUCAGUUCCACUACCUCUAGCAGCGCUUAAAACGAGUCCUUUUUAAACCAAUUCUCCAAAGAUACACUAGGUAGUUUUGAAAUGUACCUAAUGAUUUUAAAUAUAACAAAAAUUAUUUAUUUAUUUCAGUUUAAUCUUUGAUAAAAAAAAAUAUUACUACUAUCGUGAUUUAAAUUUUAUCUAUAUUCUAUGGUUUGUCGGAGUAUCGCUAAUGAGCGGACUUUUGAACUAUAACUUACUCGCUCAUGUUUAUUAUAUUUCAGUAUUGCAUUAAUGUAUAGAUUGUAUGAAACAAAUAAAAAAAAAAAUUGUAUUAUAUGGUUUAGACUGUAGGCCCUAGGUAUAUAAUAUGCUACCUAAUAAUACCUAUAAAACCUAAAAUACCUAAAUUGUGUAAUCAUUAUUUUAUGAAUUUAUAUACCGUAGGUAUAAUGACCAUGUGUAUUAAAAGUCCUAAGCAACAUGCAUCGUAAUCCAAAGGAAAAUAUGAUGUAUGUUUCUAUUUAUAUUUUGAUGUGUUUUUUUCUGUCUUUAAACAACUUUUCGAACUUACAAAUUGCUCCAAUAGAAAAAUGACUAAAGAAUUGUUUUUUUGUAUUUUGGAUCAAAUUGGUGUAUUUGAAUCUUCAUUUUUUUGAUUUUCCAAGCACUUUUCGUAAUAGUUGAAAAAACCGGGAAAAAAAUGUUUACGGAAAUAUAAUGGCUUCAUUAUUUUGAAUUCUGUUUUUUGUUAUAAUUCAGUUAAAAAUAUUCAUAAAUAAUUGAAAUUUCGACAGAAAACUCAUAUUUACUUUUUCUAGACAUUUUUGUAAAAUAUAUUCAAAACAUUUAGCACGUUUUGAGCUAUGUAUAGGCAUUUCAUUGAGAGUUUUUUACGUACUUUUUAUUUGGUGGAUAGUAGGUACCUACUAUAUGAAUAUAAUUUUUUGACGGAACAGAAAUGCUUGUAAUGUUAACAGAAGGUUGAUUAAAAGUUUUAUUUAGUGUUAAAAAAAUAAAAAAUUUACAUGGAUUUUUUUUUUUAUAAUUGUUUUAAUAUAACAUUUUGAUGAAAAUCGUAAAUAUUACGGCCUUUCAAAUCAUGUAUAAACGAAAUUUUCUCGGAAUCAUUUUUUGUUAAACAAUAGUUUAUCGUUGCUUACGGUUAUAAAUUGUACAACUUCAUGUAUCCUAUCUUUCCGACUUCUCACUUACAAAAUAGGCGCGCUCAUCAGCAGUUUAGCUCUUUCGUCAAUUUAUAUGUAAGCGUUAAAAACAUUAUGUACAAUGAAGUUAUCUAGAAAAUAUUAAAGUCUCUAAUAUAUAGUUUUCUGAAAUGUCUUUAUUAAUUUUUAUGUAAACGCAUUAGUAAAGUUGUUAUGGACAAUGAUAUAAAUAAAAUAAAAUUAAUGUUAUUACCAUAUUUAUAUUGUUUAUUUUAAAUAAAAUAAUGUCACUUUUUAAGCGAAAUGAGAAACAUGUUUUUGGUUUAACAAAUUAAUGAAUAACCUUUUCUUUAAUGGUUCCUUGAAAUUCGGGUCAUCACUGCAUUGAGCGCUCAAAAUAAAAUAGGAAUCAUACACAUUCACUUUGAUAUUUUGUGCAACUUUAAGCCUUGGCCUAAGUGUAAAACCUUAACAUAUUAUAGUGAGGGGAUGCGUAUUUUACAUGCUGCUUGGGCCGCUUACUCUUUAGUGUCCAAUUAGUCCUAAUUUCUAAUUCUAAUUGUUCUAAUUUAAGUGGAAAGUUUUCUAGAUCUUUGUUUCUUUUUAUUUUUUAUUUUACAUUAUUACUUCGUAUUUAACGGACAAUUUCUUUUAAUAAUAUUUUAUUUAAUUUUUAAAUUGUAUAUUAGCAAUAUACAAUUAUAUAUGCAAUUUUGAAGUGACUCAUGUAUAAACACGUGUAACAUAUAUUAAAAACCACUAUGACUGGUAAAAAUGGUUUUUUUUUUCCAAUCGUAUUCACCCAGUAAAAUGUUUCUCGGCGGAUAAAUGCACACGUCUGUUUAACUUUCUGAUAAUGACGUCAGUCUAAAAAUUUCUAGCCGGGACCGUAUCAUACGAUACUAAGCACAUAAAUAUUGUAUUAUCCUUUGCAUCGCCCCCCCCCCUUGAGAAGUUGUUUGUAGGCUCAGAAAAUAUACUCGUACUGUGUAUACGUUAUAUAAUAAUAUUAAUAUUAUAGCAUUAUAUUCACGUAUAAUAAUAAUAUAAUACAGUCUAACGUUCUAGAAGAUAUUGCGUCCGUUAAAUAUUCUAAACGCGUAGAGCGAAAUUCGAACGCUUUGACCCGAUUCAAGAAGAGUCGUUUUGCGUCGUCGGUUGCUCGCGCUCGACCGAUACGACAGUCAAAAUAAAUACCGUGAAUACUUGUGAAAUAUAUGGCAGAGGUACUAAAUUACCUAGUUUAACUUCCCAUUAAAGUAAAAAACGAAACAAAAUAAUCUUCGGUUCAAUUCGUAGUAGCAGUUUUUACAUUCAAUUUCAGUUUAUUAACAUUUUAUUUACACGGUUUAUACCACGGUGAUUUUUAAACAGUUCAUACAUCAGCACGCAGUAACGGUAACGAGACAUUUUGAGAUAAUUUGUUCGGGUUUAUUUGGAGGACAUUUUGAUCCGUUUUGUAAAAAAAUGAAAUGCUUUGGUAGCGUAUUACCAAAGCGUAUAUACCUGCGUCGCAUGUCUAAAUACGCUGCUCCCAUUGGCUAGUUUGAAUUGUACGGUUAAAAUGUAAUUUCUAAUAUUGAACGAUUUAAAAAAAAUGUGUUGUAAUAUCAUAGUCAUACCACAGAACAUCAAUAUUAAUAUUAUCCGUGGUAAUAUUAUAUUAUAUUAGUAAAUUAUCGAAAAAUAAAAAUGUCACCUUAUCGCAGUAACCAUAUUAGAAAAAUAAUUGCGAUUCAAUAAAAUUGUGUGAAAUUCCUAACCAAACAUUUAACUGUGGUUUUAAGUUGGUAUUUUGAACAUUAAACAAUAUCAACAAAAAUGUAAAUAUACCAACGAAAAUUGAAUUGAAACGUCACAAAACAAAAUCUUUCGAAAUUAAAAGUAGAUAAAACCAAACGAAAUGUAAUUACAUACCAAUGUUAUAUCUGAUAAUACUGAACUUAAUCUCGUAUUAAGUCUUAAUCAAAUAUCUCAGAUUAAUUAGUUUAUGGUUAAAGCCCAAUUUAAAUUGUAACCUAGUAAUAAUUAAAUGUCUAGCCUUGCUUAACUAAGGAUUAACAUUUACCAGAACUUAAACUCUCUUAACUGGUGAUUGAUAAAAUUGAUAUUAGACUAGCUGGUGAUUAGUUUUAUUGAAAUAUGUUUUUUUUUCUCUGAAAAUUCUUCCGGUUUCUUCGAAAAACUUAGUUUUUUUGUCAUUCGAUACCUUAAAAAACGCGGUACUUUAUUUUCAUAUUUCUUGUCUUUGACACACAUUGAAAUACAUUUAAAAUUAUAUUAUUUAUUUAUUUAUUUACCUAUUUAUUGAUGCUUCGUCUGAGAAUGUUUUCGAUACACCAUUGAAAUAAGGGAUAUAAAAUAAUAUUAAUAUCAUGCAAAGUGCAGUCACGUCCCCUGCUGCAUAUUUACAAACCCUGUUUGAGUGGUAUAUAAAUACUCAAGCCGUUGUAGUUUUUCAUCGACUAGGACAUUAAAGGUACUCUGUUACAAAUAUGAGCGCAUCACGUUGACGCAUACAAAUGAGCCACGAAACAACAUACGGAUCACCCAGUAAUAUCUAAUCGUUCUAUCAUUGUUCGCCGUUGUUCGGCUACCGUCACUGCUGCCGGAACGUAUAUUGGCAGAAAUUGCCUGACGUUUCCACUAAUUUAAUCAGUUUUCGUCCGCCACAUGGUGCGCUUAUAUUUGGAAAACAUGAUGAAAAACAGAAACCUAACAUAGUAUAAGUUUUAGGUUUAUAUUCAGGACACCAACUGUCUUGAAGACCUAUCAGGUUUAAACCAGCAUGCUGGUUAGGUUGCUGCAGUAGAUGCAAAUUAUAAUUUCUGUUUCCCUUCUUCUUUGUCUAAACGUUUGGUGCCUUUCAUCUACUAGGUAAAUUAGUUUUUAACUUCUUACAUUCAAAAAACUAAUUUUCUUACAGUGAUAUUAGAUUUGGACUGAAAAGUAGAUCAAGCAAAACUCUUAAAACUAACUAGGCUAUGUUUAGGCUUAGGCCGAACUCGGAUAAUAUUUUUCUUCUUUUUUUUUGUUUUUCGAUCCUCAGAAUCCCAGAUUGGUUUGCAGUGUUUUACUUUACCUUUACGUCUUCCGCUUUUUUCCUCAACUACAUAAAUCCUUAGUUUGUCAUAAGUCCCUUGAUCUUUUAUUGCUUGCUUAUUAGUCUCUUCCUAUGUGAUGUUUGCCUUCUUGUCAAGCUUUUCCAUUGUGUUCUUUCUUCUUUCAGAUCAUUUUUUUUUUCGUUUGUUAUACUCUUGGCUAACUUAUUUUUAACAUCUUUUUGUAACACCACACAUUUGGUACGACUCAAAUUUCUAUUGUUCUUCUGCUGUUAUCAUCCAGGUUUCACUCGUAUAUAGUAGUAUGCUCCAAACAUGUAUUCAAUCAAUUGUUUCAUACGCUUGUGCUAAUAUCCGGGUAAUAUAUGGAUCUGUAAAUACGCGCCCCAAACGGUAGUUCGGGACAAAUGUCGUUGUCUUUAUUUCAUUAUUUUUCGCCAUAGGAUUAGCGGAUCACACAUUUUAAUAAAAACAAUAAUUUUAUUAUUAUUAUGACGGACAAGCGAUAUAAUAUAUUUUGUACAUUUAAUGCAAGUCCGAACUGAUCCGUCGAGAUGCGGCGUGUUCGGUUGACGUGGGUCUACUCGAAAUACGGUAUUGUAUAAUAUCAUAUUAUUAUAUUUACGCACAUAUAUAUUGUUCGUAUUAUUAUUCCGAGUUUGACCGUUUUGUUCGCGGCCUUACCGCUGUUAUCAUUAUAAUAUUAUAUUAUUAUCAUUAUUAUCGUUGUACGGUGUUUUGGCAUAAUAAAUAAUAAUUAUUAUAAUAUCGUUAUCGUCAUUGUCGUAUAUUGUCGGGCGACCGUAUAUCCUUAUCUUUCGCUCGUCUCUCGGUUUUGACCACAGCGGCGGAUAAUGGAUAUCUCGGUAUAAUAAUAGUAUUACAUAAAGUAGGUCUAUGGCGGUUUAGACGCCGAAUUUAGUUUUAGAUUGCGAAUUGUAGCAAAUGCAUUUUGUUUAAAUUUAUUUCAAGCCAUACCUAAUACUGCUAUGCUGUAUACCAGUGGUUUCAAACGCAUGGGCCGUGGUCAAUGAGAUACUGGUACUCGGACGCUGAUCAAAGACAUAAAACAAAGAUCGGAAAAUUUAAAAAAAAAUAUUAUUUGUAUAUUAUUUGAAAAUAAACGUCUAUAUUUCGAUCGAGAUUUAGUUAUAAUCCCACAAUUAUAACCAUCGUAAUAUUGUAUUGGUUGUCGUUUUCUUAUUGUAGAAUAUUUAUGUCAUUGUGGCGUGGAAUGUGGGCACGUUGCGAAUAUUUAAUCUUGAUAUUAAUACUCUCAUAAGAGAAAAACAAUGUUGAAAAUGGCAUUGAUUUUAUUUGAAUUUAACCAUUUGUAUAUAAAACGAAAACAAUAAUAAACUUCUUUUUUUUUAUUAAAAAUUAUUUUUAUAUUUAAAUUAUUUUUUUCCUAAUUAACGACGUAUGUGCAAUAUACACAUUAUAUAGGUAUACCUAUACGAGUAAUACUAAAAUGGUUGGGUAACGCUGCUAUGUACUAUAUUUAUUACCUACAUAGUUUACGAUGCUCGAAAGUUUCGAAAUUUUUAUUUUGCUUUUUAUCUUCUUUUUUUUAUGUACUUUGAAGUUUUUAAAAACCACCUUUCUUUUUAAAAUGUUUGUAUCUCAUAUUAAAUAGGUAAGACGUAUAAUAUAUUACCAUGUUACCAAAAUUAUUACAUUUUAAUACAUUUCAGUGCUCUUUUUUUCCCGAAAUAUUAAGUGUAUUUUAAUAUUUUAUUUCAAAAUGUUGCAUUAUUUUUUAUGGUUGUUUUUUAAGAUUUUUUAUUGCAUUAAAUUCACAACCCCUUAGUCCGCAUAGUAAUCAUUAUCGGUAUACUUUCGUGUAUUUACUGCGACGUCGUUUCCUCCGAUCGCUCGAACUAUCACCGGCUUUAAUAGUGCACCCAGCGUACGUCAAAUAAUACAAGUUUAUAUUAUAUUUUAAUAAGAUGCCGAUUGAAAAGUCUCUGUAAAUUAUUAAACAGUAAACAUGACGUAUAUCCAAACGUUCAAACAAGAUCAAAAACAGUUUUUUCUUUAUUUCUCUCUCUCUCUGUGGCUCGAUGUCGGUUUAGUGGUUUUCCGAAAGUUCUGUAAUGCACUCCCCACCGCUACCACUCUAGAUGAAAAAAAUCACCAUAAGAACAAAGUUUUGCAAAUGUAUACAUCGUGUUUUAUUUUCCGUUCGUUCAUUUUUUAUUAAGACUUCUUUUUAUUCCUUUUUAUAUAUGUUACUAUAUAGUUGUCGUUCGUUUUAUUGUUAAAAGACUCUUGGGCCACAUAUUAUAUUGCAAGUAUCGACGCGUUUUCUGACCCCGUGAAGAGUUUCGUAACCAAAUGCUUAACGUAGAUAAGAUGGUGUUAUAAUAGACAAAGAAAUAUAAAACAUUAAUUCGGUCAAAAGAGUGAUCCAGUUAAAAGAACGCUAUCUAAGGAGGUAUGUAGGGGGAAAUAAAGACCGUUCCUUUUCAUACCAAAUAAAUUUUUAAUUUUACGACAGCCUGCCCCUUUCCCCCCUAAUAAUUUACUCCAGAUUAGAUCUAUUUCUCCUAUAUUUUUUUCGCUGAGCUCUUUAAUAAGAACUUUGAAGAUGCAUCUUUAAGGUUUAAAUUAAAUAACGAUAAAUUGCACUCCAUUUUGUCACGCGAAUAGUUAGUGAUAUGAAUGAUAAAUAAAUAUUUUAUCAUAUAUCCAAAGCGUAUAUGUUUUUGUAAACCAAAAAAAUCGAUCCUUUAAAUAAUGGCAAUAGUACAUAUUAAAGUAUAUAUUUUUGCGCCAACCAUUAUUCUUGCCAUAAACAAACAUAUACAUUAGAAACAUCUAAGAGGGAUAAAAUUCGUGAUGCAUGACGAGGUGUGAGAGGAUGCCAACGUCUAUCUUCGCAACGCGGACGGAAGCUGGUAUGACGACGAGAUUCAAAAAUUCAUCGUGUGAAUGAGGAAAGUCAUCGAGCGCCAGGAUGACUAAAUAAAAAAUAGCUUAAGCUAUGACCUUUCUAACGAUAUACCCAGCAAUGUAAAUAAAUGUCAUUUUCUAUGAAAAAAAAAAAUUGGAGACCUUAUUUUUAAAUUUACCCUCGUACUUUAGGCACACGAACGUGUGCGUGCAAAUAUCGAAAUCGUCGAUAAAAAAACUGCCAAAAUAAAUUCAACUACUCUACAUCGCCGUAUAUGUUUAUGUACGUCGCCAAUUUGACAAUAAACUCAAUAAAAAUAAUGUCAAUAAACCAAACGAUUACGUGGCAGCCCAGGAGGUUUUAGUAUACACGAGCAUUUUCGUGGUGUGUUCUGAUAAAAAUAUAGUUGGUCGCGACGAGAAUUUAAAUUAUUUCCAUAUGUGAUUCGUGGAUUCGUUAAAGGUGGUUUGUUCCGCAAAAAAAAAUGAUAAUAAUAAUAAUAACUCGUUAUUUAUGCGCUCCAUUUUUAUUGGGACCGCAACGAAAUAAUAUUUAACUCGAUAAUAGAAUUUAAUUUUCGAAUUAAAAUCGCGGGGUACGCACGUCGCGUGCAGAUUAUUGAAUGAAAAGUAAUAUAAAGCCGAUUAGAUUAUAAUAUUCAAGCGUAUUAAACUUUGCGUUUAAUCUUCUCGAAUAAUAAUAAUCGUGCAAUAAAACACCACAUAAACCGUGUGUGUACAAAGCAUAUUAUUGUUCUGUACAAUAUUCCUAAAGUUGUAUUACUAUAGUGAAAAACUUUUUACGGAAAUGGACAUAAUAUUAUAAAUCAACCCCCCCCCCCCCCCCCCCCCCCCGAUAUUAGUUCGUGUUAUUUUACCUAUAUAAUAUUAUAAUACGAUUAUAACAUUACACAUUUUUAAUUUGUCACUCUUCCCCCGAAAUUAUUCUCCAGUUAUGUCCUUUUGUAUUAUAAGAACACCUAGUCCGGAUCAAUUUUUUAAAAUUAGUCCAGCUACUCCAAAAUAAUUAAUCAAAGAUUCACACUACAGAACUCGUAUCUAUGUACAGUGUACAUUGUACACAUUUAUGGAGCUAAUUGGUAAUGUUUCUGAAUUUUGACGUUCAAUGAUUAUAAUGUUAUAACUGUGGUUAUGUAACUUCUAAAACUAACUGUGAUGUGACUUUAACAUUCCGUAACUGGUCUAAACUCGUUCAUUUUGGAAUAUUAUUUAAAAACCGAUUUCUGAUCAUUGGUUCGGGUUCGGCUUCCGUUUUAAACCUAACGGUUACGUAUAAUAGCAAAUUAAACGCCCGUGGUAAACGAUAGUUAACAUAGAAAUGAAUUUUGCAUCGCAUCGCGUGUCGAGAUAGCUACAUCAAGUAUAAAAGACGGUAAAUUAUUCUCGAAAUCAAUUUUUUCCCACCUUUUUCCUUAAUUACCAUUAUUUAUUGCCGUCUUGUGACUUAUUAUUUGAGGUUUAAUUUAUCGACUUUUGACUUGUCGACCUCAUUUGCUCGUAAUAAAAUACACCGAAUAAUCAAAAUAUUAUUACAUAUAUAUAUACCUGAGGUUCCGUUGAUUAUACUUGUAUAGCUAUAGCGUGUUCGAAAACCGCGAUGUGAAGUGGGACUUUAUUUCAUUUAUUUCACUUAAAUUUAAUUUAAUUUAUAACCUAAUAUCUAAACGCAAUAUGAUAUUAUUUACACGAACCCCUAAAUAAUACCCUCAUUGCGAUCACUGACAAAAAACGUACACGUUUUUUAGAUUCGAAGUAUAGCGAAGGUUCUUUUGGUUUUACUCUGGUGUGUGCUUUUUUGUUAUUAUUUUUUUUUUAUCUGAAAUCAACUUUUUGAAAAGAAAUCUUGUUCAGAUGUAUAGAGUAUAUUAACUUUUCUGAAAGUAAAUUCCGUCUUGUUGACGAGCAUUAGAGAGGUCAUUUUUUUGAUUUUCCAAUGGGUUUUCAAAAUAAUUGGAAAAUACCAGAAUGAAAAUAAUAGAUAAAACAGCAAAUAUUUACAGCGUACCGAUUUCAUUUUUUUUUUCUUUGCAACUUAUGUUUCUACCAGAAAUAUUGUACCAAUCGAAAAACAACAAUAUAUCGAUUUUGUUUCUAUAAACACAUAGCCAUUGUCAAAGAAAGUCGAAAAAUAAGGUUUUUUUUUUUAAAUUACGGUACAAUGAUUUUAUUAUUUUAAAUUUGUACGGCUUAUAUUUUCUAGAUAACAUAUUGAUCAAUAGAAAACCAACAAGAAAUCUUUCUUGUUUAAUUUUUAAUCUAGUUGGUGACCAAGAAAGUCGUUUUUUUUAUAAUUUUUUUAAUAAUUUAUUGAACAAAACGUUGAAAACAAGGUGAGAAGAUGGGAAGGUAGAGGGGAAAUUUAAUGUUUAUCUGUACACAAAGAUUAAACAUUACUAAUGAAAAACUAUUCUAAACGGAGUUCGGUUAAUACUGUUGCUUUGUCAACAAUAUAUGUCGUAUUUUGGUAAAAUAAUUAAAUAUGCAUUAUAUAUUUUCUUUAAUAGUAAUUGUUUAAUAUUAUACCUAUUUUCCGAUUUAUUAUGAAAACGGAUGGAAAAAUCAAAACAUGGCCUUCCUAAAAUACCACCUCAGUCAGAUUUCCUUUCAGAAAAAGUGAUAUCAUUGUAAAUUGGAACAAAAUUGCUGGUAGAAUAGUUGUUCACAGACAAAAAAAAAAACAUCGUUGUAAAACCAAUACAUUCCUCGCUCUGCUCAGAAUCUAAAAUUGAAAAUAAUACGAAAAAUAACGGAAAAUGUAUAAAUAUAAUUAUUUUAUUAAUGUAAAUCAGUUGGUAAUAUUUGUAGAAACUUAAAAUUUUGACAUACAAUUUAAAAAAUUUUUUUUUCUAAACUUUGUAGAAUUUUUAAAGCAAUUGAACUAUUUAUAGACAUUUUAAUUAUUCAAGUUUUUACGUAAUUUUUAUUUGGUAGGUACUUUAUGGGUAAAAUAUUUGGACUAAACAGAAAUACUUGAAAAUUUGACAAGAGGUUCACUAUAAGUCGUUCUUGUGUUCACAAAAAAAAAAUGAGAAAUUGAAAGCAACGUAGUAUUUUUUUAUUUUUUAUAAGUUUUAAAAUAAAAUUUUGACGAAAAUCAUAAAUAUUACUUAUUACUUUUGAAAACAAGUACAACCGAACUUUGCUCCGAAUCGUUUUUCUUUAGCAAUGAAGUUUAUCGUUGGUUUUAUGGAUAUAAUAAAUAACUUAAGGCUUCUGCCUUCCCAACUACAAUUGAUAGAUUGGUAUGGAUUUGCCCGACACUACAUUUUUCCGAUAAUAUAAUAUUUUACUAUAAAUAAAUUUGUGUCACUUAGACUUUCAAAAAGGCGAGAUCUUGUCUUGUUUAACUAGUACAUCCAAUAUUUUACCUUCGAUAUUAGCAAAUUUUAAUUUGUUUUCAUCGAAUGUAAUUCAACAUUGAAGAAAUAGACUACUACAAUUUUCCCUCUCGCACCCUCCAUUUAAAUUUUCUUUCUUGUCUUAAUAAUCAAUCCUAUGAUUGGGUUACAGCAAUUAUUCAACUCUUCCCUGUUAUUAUAUGAUUCUUUCUUUUAAUUUCUUCAUACAAAUUACAUCUUUGGUCCGUCAUUAUUAUUUGCAUAUCUUCCGCAUCAUUUUUAUCUUUCACGUGCCCUUCUUCACUGAAUGCAACCCACCAUUUUUCUUAGUACAUGUCCAAUCAAUUCAUUUCUUUUUCUUUUUUUUUGAUACUUUUUCAAACAUUUUUAUAUUCUCUGAUAUCCUUUUCAUAAUUUCUUCGUUAGUCACACCAUAUCCGUCAAACCUACAUUGAGAAUUUUUCUGUAGCACCCAAUCUCCAAAGUUUCUAUAUUUCUUGUUUUGUUUAAUAAAAUAAGACAAAGUUAAAUUUAAUUUUUGACUGACUUUUUGAUUUUUUAUUUAUUUAACUUAUUAUUUUUAAAUAAACAAAUCAAUUUUAAAUUAUAUCGCGUUAAAUUAUUUUUAUUUUAACACCAAUAUGAAAUUUACCGUCUGCGUACAUUUUAUUUGUUGAAUAAGUAUCAUAAAAAAAAAAAAUAACAAAAAUCCUUGGUCAUUAUAGUCAUUUUCACUAUGACAAUAAAAAGUGCCGAAAAAAAAAUAAUAAUAAUAAUAAUAAACCUAACUUAUGUAAGUUAGUUAGAAAAUUAUUUAUUUUAACGUGUUAACUCGGUAACUUUUUUUCGUUAAAAUUAAUCGAGUAAUUAGCUUGUCCAUCCUUGCAUUAACUAUAGUUAUCUUUACGUUGAAUAGUUUUGAUUAAAAUAAUUUAAAAAUCGUGAAAAUCGGUUUUUCGGAUAUGCAUGCAAUUACAGAGGUAGCCGUAGAAAUCGCAUUUUACGUUCGGUUUUUAUUAUCAUUUUUAUUAUCAUUAAUAAAAAAUAAUAUAGAUAAUAAAUGAAAUCGUUUAAUUUUUAUUUCACUCGUCAAACGCACGGCGAUAUAUUAUUAUUACGAUAGUGCAAUAUAUUGGAGGGAUACGAUAGGUAGGUAGGUAGGUAGGUAGGUAGGUAGGUCAGUAUAAAUAUUUUGUUUAAUCGGAGAGGGAUAGCUGCUAUUGGUUUUUAGUCUAGAUUUAUUACGCGAAAAUUCAGAACGCGCCGCAGACAUUCGGCCGUGGCGGGUAAAAUAAAUUGGCCCGCACAAAAUGACUGUUCUUUAAUGCGUUUCACGUUUGUAUUUGUCCUCCGAUAGUUACUAUAUGGCUAUUAAUCAAAGAGUAUUGUGUAUGCGUUUUAAUAAAACGUUUCGGUUAUGUCACACGUAUAUAAUAUUAUAUAUCGUAGUCGCAGGAAUGUCCCGUAGCGUUAUCAAUUUCGGCGAUCGUUUUAAAAUAAUAAUAAUAUUAUGGUGUAUCUAAUUUUUCACUCUACGAAUAAUAUAUCGGUAUUGUCACAUUAUAAAGUAAGACAGGGUCAUCAUUUAUCUACAAUAUUAGGUACUUGCGGUGUCAUUAUCGAUUAAUCCCAUACCGCGCACGGUCAAAUAAAUGACAAGCUAUACGUGACGACGAAAAAAAAACCUAUUAUAUAAUUAGAACUGAGAAUUAAUGCAAAUCGAUUAAACAUGCAGCAGUUGUGCCCUAAAAAUAACUAUUGUGGGUUGAGUUGACCUACCUGAUCUGUAACUUACCCUCUUAAAAAAAAAUGUUCUGAAACAAAAAGAAUAAGUAAAUCCGAAUAUAUUUUACGCUAUAAAUAUGCUUAACUUGUGAGUCAUUCGCUAGUUUUAUACAAGUUAGUAAAGUCCACUCUACGAGCGUGCUAAAUUCCCGAUUUUUACACGUAUUUUAAACAAUAAACAAUUAUUGGUAACUUUUACACCCUCUAAAGCCUAACUAAAUUAAAAGUUGUUAUUGACCCAGAUCAGGAUGAUUUUUAUUGUUAUUACUACGAAUAAACCACCUUUGUAACCUACUACUGUACUUACUUUAAAAAAAUAAUGAUAAUAUCGUAUCUAUAUAUACUAAUAACUAACUGAUCAACAGACAAAACAAAGAUAUAAUGUGUUCUAAACUAUCUUAAAUCGUGACUAUGUACUACAGUUAACUAACGGAGUGGCAAAAAAAUCAACAAUAAUUGUUGAAUUUUAAUCAUGAUAAUUAUGUAUCGGUAAUUACGUACGGACGAACACAGUGUAGAUAUAAGGUCAUAUUAUAAGAGCACAUCAAAUUCAUAUUUACAAAACCUCAAAAAAUUGUAGAAAAUAAAGACUAUACCUAAACAAAAGUUUCGACCGCCAAACGUUUUCUAAAAAUCUAUUUUACAAAAUGGCUGUUUUAAAUAAUUAUUAUAAAAUAUUAAAAGUUGUUUUAAGUUCCUCCCUUUAAGAAAAAAAAAAAUGUUCAUAUAUGAACUAAAGCACGGAGAAGGAAUAUCAACUAUUUUAAAAAAAAAUUAUUAAAAAUAUUGAAUAGAACAAAAGUUAUUUCAAGUUGCAGAUUUGUAUGUUAUACCCUAUACAUACACCUGUAUAUACAAUCUAAUAAAAAAUUGUUUUUCCUUAGCAACGAAUUUCCGUCGCAUUUUUACUGUUGUGACGCAAAUCAAGGCAAAAAACAAUACAGUGCAAAUACAAUGCGCACUAUUGUGAAUUAAAAAUUCGUCAGAAACAGGGGUAAUUGAAUUUUUGAAAUGGUAUCACAUUUACGACUUUGGUUAAACUAAUUUUUACAUUACUAGUUCUUCAUUUCCAAUUGGUUCAUAAUAAUAUUGCCAAUAAUAGUAGUGGAGAUCGGGUGUAGAGAAGAUGCAUAUUUUAAACGUUGUAUACCGUAUAAUAGACUAUUACGACUACUAUUAUAUAAUUAUACAUUUGUCUAUCCUUCCUUAUUUUUCUUACAUUUUUCUAUUAUAUUAAUUCUUUUGUUAUAUUUAUAUCCACCUACUAAGAUAUUGGUGAUAAACCGCGUAAUGCACGCUGUUUGGUGGUUGACCCACUAACUAUAUUUUCAAAUCGCCAUGUUUGUAUGUUACAACAAUUAUUUGUUGAACCACCUAUCAUAAUAUUGUUACUACCGUUAAGAAUAUGAUAACAACAAUGAUCACCGCAACGAAAAAUAUUUCUCGUUUUGGGUCCUAUCUCGUUUACUUGUCCAAAGACGAUUAGAUUAGAAAUUGAAGAAGGGAAACACGGUCUUUUCUGGUGUGGCAGACGAUAUGAUAAGUGAUCGGAAAUUGAAAAAAACAGACACCUAUGAACUUCUUCGUUUCAAUAGGCGAUAUUAUAUUAUUAUAGUUCGGUGGUCCAUUACUAUAGUUCUAUUGGUUAUUAAUAUUAUGAUAUUAACAUUUUUCGUAAUAAAAUAACGUCAUUUUACACAAAAAUAAUAAAUUUUGUAUGGAUUAUAUGAUAUUAUUAUUACAGUAUAUCAAUUGAGUCAAAGAUUACAAAGUGGUGGUCCAUUGAAUAGUGAUAACGUUAAAUCUGAAUUGACCAUUUUCUUACAAGUAUCUAUUACAAUGUAUACUAUAUAGGCUCUGUAUCUGUACCUAUAUACUGAUUGUCGAUAAUAAUUUGUGAAAUAAAUAUUAUCUGUAAUAAUAUUAUAUUUUUAGUUGAAACUCAAACACUGCUACAUUAAAAAUAAAUUCAGAAUAUGAAUAUUAAAAUUGUAUUUUCAAAACUGUAUUAUUGAAUAAUAUGAUGAAAUUAUACAUUUUCGUGGAAACGGGUGUUUUUUUUUUUUUAUUUUAAACAACCGAUACAAUAAUAAUAACGUAAAAGCAUCAUAGUAUAAAAAAUCUGCCCUACUUAUAACAGUCGGCCAAUCUUUCGGAAUUAGAAAAUAAACAGAACGAACCCCUCCGAUAGCGUUUUUUUUUUUUUUCAUUUUCUUUUCUCACGUUCGAAUAUAAUAGAAAACAAAAUGUAAGUACGAGAUUUUCCGCGAGAAUCUUUUUUUUCCUGUUUCUUUCGCCAUCAUCAUAACCGGAGGGGGAAAUUCGAUUAAAAAUGUUGAAUUAGCCGGGGACGUGCGCGAUUUUCUCUAGGACGAUAUUGCUACAGUCUCGCCUGUAUUCCACCCGUUUGGACACGUCAAUCUCGAUUUUUCUUUCCAGCCCGGCCAUCGGCCGGUUACGUGACGCAAUGCGAACUAGAAAAAAAAACAUUAAGAGUCACAAUUCUUUUCGAAAACGUAUUCACGCAAAACCGAAAAAAGUAUACCCAUUAAAGUGAUUUGUAGUUUAUUUUUACUCACAUUUAUUACAACUUAAAAAAAAAAAUAAGUAACAUUAUUAAAAAUUAAUAUCUCAGCAAAGUGAUGUGUAGGCCGAUAAAUUAUGUUCUUCAAUAAUUUUCAUCUUAAAUUCACCUUACAGCAGUGUAUCUUACUACAUUAUGUAUCAUUUUGAAGUAAAACGAUUUUUUAAAAUCCCUUGCAAGUCAACAUAUUAAUGAUUUUAUGAAAUUGAUAUCGCCACAUGAUACUCCUUAAAUGUUGUGUAAAAUCUAAGUAUAAGAAAAUAUUGUCUUAAUACACUUAAAAGUUCAAAAAGUCAGAAUUCGAAUGUGUGCAUAUUUAAUAAAUCGCCCUAUAUAAGAGUUUGAAAUUCAAAUGUUAACGAAAUCAUGUAAAAAUUAUAUUAUAUAUUAAUAUAAUGAAGUGUCUGUUUUUUUAUUUGGGCGUCAUUCAUGGUCAAAUCUUUUGCACGCAAAAGUCUGAAAUUACAUAUACGUGUAGCGCAUUCACCUCGAAGCCGAUUUUCCGAAAGUAACGGGUUUUAGGGUAGUUCCGGAACGCGCUGUGAUUUUUACGAUGUUUGUUAAAUCAACAAAAACAAAUUGCUACAUUUGAAAAUAGGAUCGAUAUUUUUGGCUGAAAAGUUUUUAACCUACUGAAAAAAAAUAAAAGUAUUAAUCGUUUUGUCAUAUUCAAACAAAUUGGCUGCGCUCAGAACCUAAAAAUAGUUACGACGCAUUUUUAUUACUUAUUUUGUUUUUACUUUGUGUUCGUUCCGUCUGGACGGAAAAACCGUGGGGUACAAUUAGUAAUUAAUAUAGUAGGUAACUAACAAGUAAUGAUAAAAUGUUUAAUUUAAAUUUGGCAAGAUAAUUUUUUAACCUUGGUCAUCACUCGAGGUUUUCUUUUAUAUUUACAAUAAUUUUUUUUUUCAAUUUUAAUUUUUAAUAGACCGCAUAUAUAGAUAAAAUGUUUUAAUUAACUAUAAUAAUCAUUUUUCGUCCUGAGACGAACCGCAGAGUAUUAUUUUAUAAAUUAAAUAUUAAGUAUGGAAAAAUUGGAGGAUUCAAACAGAAUACAUUUCUGAAAACAACUCGUUUUUUCUUUAGAAAAUUAAAACAAAUUGUUAUUUUAAAAAUAUUAAAAAAAUAAAAAGUUAUCAGAAAAAUACUUUCUAUACAUUUUUUUGACAGUAUAUGGAAAAAAAAUAAAACGCUUUCCAUUUUAAUCUAUUAAGUUUCCGGAAAUGAAUACAUCCAUCAGAAUUUCUAAAAGAUUUUCGGGAAACUUUUUUUUUUUUUCCGGAAAUUUGAUUUUUAUAUUAUAGUUACAUAACUUGUUAAAAAUAAUAAAUAAUAAUAUUACACUCGUCGUUCAAACGUUCAAAUUUAUUUAUACGCAUUGUUUUCACGCUUUUUCGCCGAUUUUUCUUUGUUGAUGUCGCGAGCCGGUCAGCGGGUCACAUGACGUGAUAUUAUGACAACGGUGGCCGACCGACACGAGUCCCGUGUAAUGAACGGACGUACUUACAAUUCCGCCGUAUUAAAUAAUAACUCAGCUGCGUGUGUUCGCCUGAGGGUUUCAAACCCACACGUUAAAAGGUAGUGACCCGUCCGCUCCCGAGCACGUCAAAUCCUCUGCUCCAGGAACACUUCACACGCUUUCCCGUGAUGAUGGUCGUCCGCCCCGCGUCUUUUGUUUAAUUUUGUUGUUUUUUUUUUACCCUUCGUUUCCUCUUUUGCCUCACAUUUAACACUCUCGGCGACGACGACCCGUUUCCUUCGCCGCCGCGGUCACCUAGCCGCAGUUAUGGAGGGACUGGGAAAUUCCUACGAGGUUUGGUAAUCUCCUACACUGGCAUAGUUUAAACUCCUAUAUCAGAUAGUAUCAUUGAAAAUUUGAAUAAAAAAAUAUUAAUUGUAUUGUAUAGCAUAUCGUAAAUUAUGAUGUAUUCAUAAUAAAUUAAUAUCUAAUUAAUAGUUAUCAAUUUAAUGUAUUUUAUCGCCAAAAGUAUGAAAACGCGUGUCUACUCAUAAGGUGUAACAAGUGUAUUGUAAUAAUAUGCAUUAAGCGUAACUAUCACAUACCUAUCACAAAUUUAAAACGAUAAAAAAGAAAGUAUAAUUAAUGGGAAUGGGUGCAGCCAAUGGUGUAAGUGGGAAGUUGUGAAUGUAAGAUACAGACGGGAAUUUAAUGUAUAUCUGUAAGAAACGAUAAACCAUUGAUUACGAAAAAACGAUUCUGAGUGGAGUUCAGUUGAUAGUGAUGCUUUGUCAACAAUAUAUAUGGCAUAUUGUAGUAAAAUAAUUAAAUAUGCUCUAUAUAUGUUCUUUAAUAAUAUUUGUCUAAUGAUGUACAGAUUUUCCCAGUUUCCCUACGUUUUAAACGGUUUUCUCAUAUUUUAUCCUGGUUUUUCACAUUUACUGGGAAAGCUCUUGGGAAAAUCAAAAAAUAACUUCUCUAAAGUAUCUCCCCAGUAAAAUUUCCUUUUAGAAACAUUGCUAUCAUUAAAAGUUAUAGCAAAACUGGUGGUUGAAAAGUUGUACACAAAAAAAAAAUCGUAAUAUUUUAGUAAUUAUCUUCGUACAUUUUCUCGUUUAUUUUUCGCUUUUUCAAAUUUUAUGAGAAAAUCGAAAAAUAACCUCCUCUAAUCUAACCUCCCCACACCGAUUUCCUUUAAGAAAAAGUGCAACACAUAUAAAUCCGAGCAAGUCUUCUGGUAGAAAAAUUGUUUACAGGUAAAAAAAAAAAACAUCUUUGUAAACCAUAAGCUUCUUCGCUCCACUCAGAAUCUACAAUGACAGCGUAGGAGAUUACACUUUUUAUUUGACAGGUUAAAAAUACCUACAUAGGAGAUUACACUAUCCUUUAAAUUCAAAUAAAAAUGCUAUUCGUAAAGGAUGAUUACUUACGGUCACAGCUGUGUAAUAUUAUCAUAGUUUUAAUAGCUGUUAAACGUGUAUUCAACUGCACAGCAACUAUAGAUAGGUAUGGAGUGAGAAAUAUAGAAAUAUAUAUAUAUAUAUAUAUAAAUAUAUCGGAUGAACGUAUUUUGAAAUAUUAUUGUUUCGUUCAUGUUAUCAGAUAGUUUGAUUGAUUUAUUGAUAAUUUACAUAUUGUGCUGUAAAAAUGUGUUUUUUAUUAUUUUUUCCCAUGGUUAUUCCAUCCACCAUCUCUUGCUCGAUCUAAGUUUUCUCUCUCUUUACUAUUAUUAUUUAACUGGAAAACACUUUUUUUUUUUAGUAAAAAAAAAUGUUCUGAUCUUUCCAAGUCAUGUCCACUUUGAAAGAUGCUGAUUUUUCGAAUGAUUGUAGUUUAUUUAAAAAUAUUUUCAAAAUUCCUAGUAUUUAUUACUAAAAACUACUUUUUUGGUGUUUUUUUUUGUCUUAUUAAUAGUAUUUUGGUUAAGCAAAUGUCCCAAUUUGUCCAUACAAUGCCUCAAAAGAUGGGAAAGUUUUGCGCGGUAGUAAUUUAUUCAAAAAGAAAAAAUAUUUACAUUCAAAUAUUUGUUUACAAAAUUAAACAACUGACAAAACAUUUCGAUACAUCAGUUAUUUUAUUAUUAUUAUUUCUGGGUUACCUUGGAUACCAGAGAAAAACACAACUAUUAUUAUUAAUACUCCGGUCUGUAGAAUAGUAUUUUUGUUUACAGUAUAUAAACUAAAUUACUUAGUAUAUGGCUAUAUCUUCCCAACUACUCAUCUACAACAGUGACCUACCCACGAGCAGUAUUUAAGAACUACCGCUAUAGACACUCCCUAUUUUCUGUGACCAAUCGUUUCUUGUACUACCUAUACCGUGCACUGCAUAUUUUUCCUUCAGCUAACUAUUUUUGUAUGAUUCCAGGUGUCGUGGAUCAGAAAACGUGACCUGCAUAUAUUGACGGUGGGUAUACUAACGUAUACAAACGACCAGCGUUUUCAGUCAUUGCAUUCGGAUGGGUCGGAUGAAUGGACGCUUAGGAUCACUUCGCCGCAGAUUAAAGAUUCGGGGACGUACGAGUGUCAAGUGAGCACCGAGCCGAAAAUCAGCCAAGGUUUCCAGUUGAAUGUAGUCAGUGAGUAUCUAUACACCGCUCUGCCGUAAAAAAGAUUCCAUAUUUUUUUUUUUUUUUGUACAUAAGAAAAUUGUAAACUAAAAAAUAUUAUAAUUGUUCGAUAUAUUUAUAACGGAAAAUAGGAAAAUAUCUAUAAAUAAAUUAUAAUGAAUUGAACGAACAAAAAGUAAACCUUUUUAAAAGGUUUCAGAAAUAAAAUACCUUUUAUAAAAAUAAAAAUACACACGAGUAACAGAGCUCCGUCGAGUAUACGAAAUAUCCCAUAACCUUGGAAUAAUGAUAAGGAAUCGAACAAAAAAAGUUUCAUCAACAUACAUCAAGUAGAUAUUGUGAUUUUUGCUACAUACAAACAAACGAUAGAGGAAGGGUUUGGAAGUUGAAACAUUCUAUGUAAAGUGACAUUUUUGGCAACAAUACUAUUUAUGUAUAUACAUUUUAAUCCUUUUCAUUCAACGAUUAAAUACGCUCUAAAGAAAGUCUCCAUUGAUUUUCAGACCAUUCGUUGAUAAAAAAUACCUGUUUUACUCAUUUUUAGAGCUUACGCUAUUUCAAUACCCCUGUUUUUUUUAUAAACUUUAAAAUUCUCGAUAUUUGUAAAAGUUCAUGUAGAUUACAUUAUUGUGCCGUUAUUAGUUUUGGUAAGCUUUUUAUUUUUCAUAUUUUUUUCUACAUUAAGUAUAUAUCAUUUUUUUAACGGUAUACACUAGGUAUCUACUUUCUAUGUUAUGUGCAUUAAUGUAACGAAUAUAUUUCUAUAGUUUCUUUUCGAGUCUUCAACAACUUGUUCACACAUACCUACGAACAGUAGUAGUUGAUUGCAGUAAUAAUAUUAAUUCGGACUUUUCACUUUUGUAACUUCCACCACUAGUUCAAAACAUUUAGCUGCAGACGAAACCGCAUUAAAAACUUUAUUAAAUAUCUCACUGUUAGAGAUAUUAUUAUUCUCGUUCUCGUUAUCUCUGAGCGUUUCUAUCGUAGUGCACGUAUCGUAAAAAGUAACGGCUGAUAAAACACAAUUUUUUUUUUUCUUACUACAAUCGUAUUAUUAUUACUACUUGUUGCUACAACACUGCAGGUUAUUACCGUGCAGUAUUUUAACCACGUUGGUUUAAAUGUUUAAAAAUUCGAGUGGACUAUAUUAAUAAAUAAGACUCAAAUUUGAAAUUACACCAAUAACAGAAUACUAGAUCGCGAAAUUACGAGGUUUUGGUAACCAGGUCAAGUACUGUACAAAUGUGGUCAUUAUGCCCUGCAAAAAUCGUUUACAAAAAUCACUUCAUCGGGUUUAUACGUACGCUACAAUUGUCAUCGGAUUCGUCCACGUAUAAUAAUAGUAUUUUCGAUUAGAGGGAUUUCAUUUUUUUUUUUUUUUUUUCAUACAUAUAUACAUGCAAUAGGUAUACAGCGACAAUUUUCAAGAGUAUUAUUCGUGUUCCGGUCCCCGGAUCGUUUGUUCUCUUAUUAUUGAAUUUACUAUGGUAUAUUAUUAUAUAGAGAGGAGUUAUUCCGUUUUCCACACCGCGGUCUUAAGUUUUAUCUCGUGUAAUUUGUUACUACCUUCCUACCUACCGACCUACUUAUAGUUUCUUUGUAUUAGGAUGUGUUUCAGUAUACAUAUACAAUUUCCUGCUAUUUCGUCCACCACCUCCUUUAAAGCCAAUACAAUUAAAGAAAAAUCGUUUUUGCUGGUCGCUUUCGGGCCGAUUUGUCCAUUCGCUCGAUUCCCCCGCGACGUACUUUACAGCGGUUCGCAGACGGUAUGAUAUCCACUGCGCGUGUAAUAGAGAUAAAAUGUACUUUUAAUGACAUUGGAGAUUUUUUUUUUUUUUUUUUAAUACGUAUUUUUCUUAUUCCUCACGAGUGCAACGACGGUAAUUAAUUAAUCGCCAUUAUAUUAUACGGACGGCGAAGAACGUGACGAUUCGCUAUUAAAAAUUUAAAAUACCCUUUUUGUUCUCGUCACAUUACAGUAUCAUACUCUCGUUUAUAGACAUUGUCUAAUAUACAUAAUAAAAACGAUUUCUGUACAACCUGCUUGUUAUAUUGUAAAAUAUAUAAACACCGAUAAACAGAGGUAAUUUCUUCUUAUUAUUUUCGUCCUGGUCUUCAACUCUAUGCAGUAUGUUAUUACUUUCCUAUAAAGCAGCAAUAUUUGUUUCGUCAUUUCAUCAAUAAGCCUUUUUACUAAAGUUAAUCGGUAGUGAAUUUAAAAAUAUAUUCUGCGACUUUCCCACCUCAUCGCAUUCAAAUUUACAGUCAUCUUUUAUUCCCUUUUUUACUAUAUUAUUAUUACCUGAUGUUCUUCCUGUCUCGGUCUUAGUCUAUUUAGUGUUUUCCGUGGUAGAUAACUCCCAGACAAUCAAAAUUAUUUCGGAUACUUGUACAUCUGUAGAUUGUGUAUUUCCAUUUGUAAAUUUAAUAGGCCUAUUUUUAACUAUUCGGAUGCUUAUGAUAGACUGAUAACUAUCUUCAUAACGAUUUCCGAUAGUCGACUUGAGUCGAAUACCAAUGAAGUUUUACCUUUAUACAUACACCUUAAUUAUUAUUCUAUGAACGUGUAAUAGAAUUCAAAAUAAGCUGUCCUAGGAUAAUGGGGACGGGUGCAGCCACUGUUGUAGGUAGAACGAUAAAUUAUUGCUAACGAAAAAACGAUUCUGAGGGGAGUUCAGUUGAUAGUAAUGCUUUUUAAACAAUAUAUGUACAAUAUAAUAUACAUUUUAUAGUAAAAUAAUUAAAUAGACAUUAUUUGUUUAUUUAUUUAUUUUAUAACAAUACAGGCCGAAGCCCAAAAAAACAUUAAGUGAAAUAUAUAAAUAUAAUAAUACAACAAAAAAAAUGUUCAGAUAUUUAGUUAGAAUUAUUAUAACAGUAAUAAAGUAUAUCAUAAUACUCCUGGUGAAACAUUCAUUCAUGUAUUUAUUUACGAGUAUUAACCAUUUUAAUAAUUUUAUUUUUACUUUAUUAUUUUAUUAUUUAAUAAUAUUUGUUUAAUAUUGAUCCGAUUUUUACUAAUUUUUCACGUAUACUGAAAAACUGAGAAAAUUAAAAAUUAACUCCCUAAAGUACCACCCUAAAAUAUUUCAGAAAAGGAAAAGGAAACAUAAUAAUACAUAUCUUUGUAAAACCAAUAUAUUUUUCGCUACACUCAGAAUCUAAAAUUAAAUUUAGUGUUACAAUAUUACAAUAGCAUAUUAAACACGAUUAAAAUUUAAAAACUAUUUUGUUGUUAAAAGUUUAAAUUUAUGAAAUUUUUAAAAUGGUAACCAGCUGAACAAAAAAAUAAAAGCCAAGUUAAUUUUAAUUUUGAACCUUUCAUUUUUUUAAUCAACUUAAUUUAUUUUUUAUUUACAUAAAUAAAUAUCGAAAGAUUUUAAAUCGGGUUACAAUAUUUAAAUAAGGAUUUUUAUAAUUGAGACUACCGUACGUCCGUAUUACCUACCUAUUUAAGUUUAAUUUGAUAUCCUUGAAAUAUACCCCCGUAUUUAACAUCAUUCGUCCUAAUUUUCAAAAAAAUUUACCAAAAUAAAUUUGUUUAGCAUGUUUUAUUUGGUUUUUCGCUCAGCAUUGAUGGUUUUAAUAAUCGUACGGUAGUCGUGUCGGAUGAAAAAGGCGCUUCGCAUCACAUAAAUCACCGUGGAUACCAAAUUUUGAAAAUAAUUUUUGUACAAAUGUAUAAAAGGUGCCAACCCGAGAUAUUACCUUAACGGACAGAAAUAAACUAAAAACCUUUGUCCGACGAUUCCAUUGUCGUAAAAUAUAAUGCGUAUAAUGGUUUUACAACGAAAACGUUAUAAACCGCAUUGAAAGGAAUAGACUCGCUCAGAGACGUUCGCCGUUCUUAGUAAAUCAAGUUGACGGAAAAUAACUUCACACAGUGAACGCGAGUUCUAUAAAAAUCAAUUUGUACACAUGUACGUAUAUUGUAUAUAAAUCUAUUAGUCGGAAAAAUUUAGAUAAAUAAUAUUCGCAACGUUUUCAUUAUGGAAACAAAAAAAAAAAUAUAAAAAAUAAAUAAGUAGAUACAAACAAAUAUAGUUAAAACAAAAUUUAUAACUAUACAAUAUUAAACAUUCUUUCGAUGUGGGCAUUUUUUAGGAUUUCUGGAAAAUGUGUUCGAUGACUUCCAUUCACAAGUUUCAUCAAUGUAACCAACUAUAAACUAAUCUCGGUUCUUCCGCAUUUGUCUAAAGUUUUUGAAUCUAUUGUUUAUUCAUACGUAAAGAGACACCUGAAUCGCAUAAUAAUCGAUCAGCAAUACGGUUUUUUAGUCUGGUAAAUUAACCUUUACCAGCAAUGUUAUUUUCACUUCUUAUACAUACCAAUAAAAACCUUGCGUGAUAAAGACCGGGAAAAAGUAAUUUUUCAAAUUUUAAGAAAGCCUUUAACACAGUAGAUCAUAACUUUUUGAUAAAUAGACAAAAAGCCCUUGGUCUUAGGAAUCCUCUACAUUCUCGGAUUAACGCUUACAUUGUAUCUAGAAUGCAAGUCAUAAAGAUUUGUGAUACCGAGCCGUUCCUUGUUCCCUCUGAAGUAUUUCAAGGUAGUUACUGAAGAGCCCUUUACUAUUUAUCUUCUUCAUCAAUUCAAUCGGUAAAUGGAUAACUAAUGCAGAAUUUCUCCUAUUUGCUGAUAACAACAAAAUUUGUUUGAGGAUUAACUCUCAGUGGAGUACUAUCUAUAGCUGAGCUCGAUAUUUUUUACACUUGGGUAAAACGCUUUGGUUAUCUCUUUCUCUAUAUAAAUAAUAAUAUUUGUAAGCAUUCGUCCCCCUAUAUUGCAUAGUUAUUUCCUUAAUGAUACAUUACUUAAGCGGGUAUAUUAUGUAAAGGACUUUGAAGUUCUCUUUACCUCUUCUUUAAAUUUUUAACAGCAUACAAACAUGUCAUUUAGAGGAACUCUAACAGUUUUAGUGUUCUUUAACGAAUUACUGUGUCUUUUAUCUCCCCUAGUUGCUUUUGCACUCUGGUACGUUCCAUCUUUGAAUACAAGAUAGUUAUCUGGUCUCCUUACUUGGUCAAGGACCAAUUAAGAUUAGAGCGUGUUCAACAUAGAUUUCCGUUUUACGCCACGUUUAUACUCAAGAAUUCUCACGAUUAUUCCCUCAUUCUAAGCAGCCUAAAAAUACCUUUACUUUCUUCUCGAUGUCUUGACGCUAAUUUAGCCUUUAUCACAUCCUCUCUUUUAAAUGGCUCAUUGGAUUUACACAACAUGUUCUCCAUAAUUUAUAUUUGUAUCCUAUCUUAAGGUACUAGAGAUUUCACGUCCCCACUCAUUCUACGUCCUAUGGAUAUAAUUGACUACUUCACAGAAUAUUACGUUAUAAAAAUAGCUAUAUCAAAUACAUACUGCCCUAAUUUGAUUCUAAGACUUCACUUACCAAUUAUCAAUACGUUAAAUAUGUAUAUUUGUCUUAGUUAUAUCUAUAUAUUUUUCUCAAAUUCCAUUUCUUUUAUCUUUACUGUGCCGUAUGUAUUUUUCCAUUAGACAUUAAUUACUAUAAUUACUAAAAUCAAUACAAAUAUUUGUCUUAUAUUACAUUUCGUCUCUCGUGUUCAAAACAUUUGAGCCAUUUUUGAGGUAUUUAUAGACAUUUUAACUUUACGAGAUUUUACGUAAUUUUUAUUUCUUAGAUAUUUUGUAGAUAAAACUGUAAGACUAAACAGAAAUACUUGGAAAUUUGACAUAAGUUAUACAUAAUGGUCAUACAUGUCAUAUAUCGAAUAAUAUUUAACUUAAUACAAAUUAAUACGAUUAUUUGCUAAUAAAUAAUAUAAGUAUUACUUGCAAAAUAAUUCGAUUGUUAUUUUCCAUAAUUCUUUUGAAUGUAAUACUAUUUAAUAGAAUUAAUCUUUGAAAUCGGUUCGUUAGUGUAUUGUUUUAUUCAAUUUAACCAUUGCAUAAUAAUUUACAAACUUUUAAAAGACCUACUCUUAAAUAAUAUUUUUUUCUUUAGAAUAAAAAAACGGUUUUUUCUCUUGGGCCUAUAUGUCUUAUCUUGUCAUACACUUCAGACUUCUCAUCGCCUCUAUCUUUUACUUUCUAAUCUAAUUUCCCUUUUAGUUCUUACACAUCCUUCAUGAUGAAAUAAUCACUACCCGGCUAAUUCGGAAAAUUUUCUGUGUUGUGUGUACCGCUUGGAAAACUUUCGAUCAGUCAUAAAUCACUUCAAAUAUUAAUUUAUUAAGCAUUUUAAAUUUAAAUGUUGAUGAAAAUCACGACAUUUCAAAUCAUGUUUCACCGAAUUUCGCUCAGAAUCGUAUUUCGUCAGCAACUAUUAAAGUAUCGUUGCGUACAAAUAUAAAUUUAAUUUCUUAAUGUAUCUUUUCUUACCAAUUUACCAACUUACAACAGGUCACAUUUGUCAGAAGUGUUAGCCUUUUUUUUAAUUAUUAUUAAUAUAAACAAGAAUUCAAGGGUAAUUUUUUUCACGGACUGACUAGUUUAGUAUUUAUGGCUAUACCUACCUAAUUUGAUUUUUGAGCAUGUUAUUCCUAUUUCGAAAUUAUCCCGGGAUGAAUACUGUAGUUAUUGUUUAGAGUUAUUAUAAGAUGUCGUCACUCACGACCGUCCGAUUUCUCUGGUUCAUUUUACUUCUAGACCAUAUUUUAUACGAUAUUGGCCCCUCUCCGUGGAACUGCACUGAUUCAAAACCACUGGUAUAGGUAAUUCGUUCAGCGUUUCAUUAUUUUUGCUCUUCUUGUUUGUUUUCAUCGGCACUAUCUUUUGACGAGAUCCUGAUAAUAAUGAAUUGUCGUUUUUGCCGACUCUCCGUCUUUGACACGACCCCGCGACGUUAUUACCGCACGGUUCUUAUUAUUAAUGCGUCUUGACCACCCUCGGACUGUCGGUAUAUACUAUAAAUAAUAAUUAAACUUUAAAAUCAACGGUCGACAUUGUGUUAUUGUCUGGCGGGCGAUAUAUAUAAUGAAAUUCGUAUCGGUUAGUAUAGUCGUCCGUCCGUUUUGUUUCCGCGCUGUUUACCCUCCUGGAAUAAUACAAACCGUACACAGUCGUAUCUUCUAUACCUAUAUAUAGGUUGGGUACUCAUCAAACAUGUACGCGGCACUGCGGUAGUGACCGAAUCGCGAAUUAUAUCGUAUUAUACAUACCUAUGUAAUACUUCUGCAAUUACUUAGCGAAACGAUAUUUUAUUAAACGCGUCUUUUGCGUUGUUUUAAUACAAAGAAUUGCUUUUAACGUUUUGAUAUGCCUCCCCGCAUUAUCGUGAUUUAUGCAUAAUAAUAAUCCGAGGCCUCCAGUCAUAUAUGUGUCUGGGGGGCCCCUCAGGUGCCAAGAUUCAUAAAAUAUCGUCAUUGGACUAUCUGACUGUCUUUUACGCCGAGAUUAAACCUAUAGUAACCACAGUAUUUUUAGAUUCUCAGUGGAACGAAAAAGCUUAUAGUUUUAUAAAAAUAAAUUAAAUAAAUUUAUAAACAAAAAAAUUAUUCUUAAAAAUAAAAUUAAUUAUUUAUUAUUUAAUACGUCAUCUGGAUUAUUAUUAUAAGUGUAUUAUAAUAUGGUCUAUACGAUCGGUUUCGAAUUAAAAAUUCAUCAUCAGGUAUAUCACAAUCAAAAUAUAAAACGCGACUCAUAUAAUAACACUUAUCAUAAUACUCCAGACGACGCGUUAAUUAAUUAAUUUUAUUUUUAAAUUUACAUUUUUUAUUUAUAUAUUUAUUUACGAGUAUUAACCAUUUUAAUAAUUUUGUUUUUCCUUUAUUAUUUUAUUAUUUACAAAGAUGUUUAUUUUUUUUUUUUUAUCUGUGUGCAACUUUUUUGAAGACUUGCUCAAAUUUUUAAGUACAGCACCUUUUAUCAAAAGAAAUAGAUGUAGAGAAGUACUUUUAGGAUGUAAUUUUUUGAUUUUUUCAAGAGUUUUCUCAUUAAAUGUGAAAAACCGAAAGAAGAAAACGGGGAAAACUUAGGAAAAUCGGUACAAUAUUAAAGAAAAUAUAUAUAACCCAUUUAAUUAUUUUACUAUGAUAUGACAUAUAUUGUUGAAAAAAGUAUCAUUAUCAACUGAACUCCACUCAAAAUCGUUUUUUCGUAAGCAAUAGUUUAUAGUUGCUUGCAGGUAUACAUUAAAUCAUCUAUAACAAUGGCUGCAUCCGUCCACAUUAUCCUAGGACGUCGUUUUAGAUUUUAGUUGACUGUUGCAGACUGCAGUAAAAUAAUAAAACUUUAUAAUGUAUAAUUAAUGAUUGUAUGAACGAGUCAAUGAAAACUGAAAUAUCGUUGAAAAUUACUUUUGUGAAUAUAACGUGUUCAAUGUAUAUACGAGUGUUUAUGUUGUUACAAAAACCAUUGUUAUUUUUAGAAAUAUUAUCGACCAAUGAUAUCGAUUUCCGACCUAAUAUCGCAUUGAUUUUAAUAGUCUUGCAUCUUGUAUUUUGCAUCUUUGGUAAGCCUCAUAAAACAAAAUGCUCCUGCAGAAGCUUUUGGUGUGCCAAGCCGACACCGUGUGAAAUAAUAAUAAUAAUAAUAAUAUUAUUAUUAAUGUUAGCGCGAACGCUUUCGGCUGUUAUACGCGGAACCGUCUCUUACACACGCGUUUCUCCGGUGCACUCUCGGUUAUAUUUUUACGGGGUCGUAACAAAAAAAAAAAAAACAAUAACAAAAACACGAUGAUAAACACACCGAUAUAUUAUAUUAUAAUAUUCGAAACGAGUUUUGAAAGUUUUUAGUAGCGAAUAAAAGUAAAAAAAAAAAAAAAAAAACAAUAACAAAAACACGAUGAUAAACACGCCGAUAUAUUAUAUUAUAAUAUUCGAAAUGAGUUUUGAAAGUUUUUAGUAGCGAAUAAAAGUAAAAAAAAAAAAAAAUAUUCCCUCUCGUCUACGUAUAAAUACAUUAUAUAUAGGUAUAUUAUAUUAGAAGGAAAACACUCCGCGAGAUAAUAAUAAUAAUAAUAAUUAUUAUUAUUAUUAUUAUUUCGCGUUUCUCUUUCUCGGCGCACGGCCCAUAACGAGUUUUCGAAAUUCCUAUCGUCGUCGUUAUAAUAUAAUAUUAUUAUUAUUAUAUAUACUUAAACCGCGUUAUGAAAAUAUAACACAGUCUCGCGGUGGUGGGUUUAUAUAGGUGAACACGCCAAAGGCUGUCGUCGUCUUCUUCUUCACCUAUAAAACCUAGUGGUAGAUGUAGCAGGUAGGUCGGUUAGGUGGUUUAUACUUGUAUAGCUUUAUAUAUAUAUAUAUAUAGUACGACAAAGAAACUCUAUUAUUAUACUUAAUAUCUCUCUCUCUCUCUCUGGGCGCCUGUGGUUAUUAUAUUAUGUAUCUCGUUAAUAUUAUAACGCGAUCGCGAUGACUAUAUACGCGCGCGUAUUAUGUAGGCCGUAAUUGUUUUUUCGUUCGGUUUUUUUUUUUUUUUUUUUUUUUUUAUAAUACGCAAUAAUAAUAAUAACGAUAAUAAUAAUAUAUAAGAUAUUCGCGAAAACGCCGCGGCCGCGGCUAACAAACUCAAUUUCGCGCGAUGAUAAUAUCGAUUUUAUUCGCGUUCGAAACGAAAACGAUACAUACCCGCAUACUCAUAUAGGCGCGCGCGGUACUUACCGGCAGCGGCGGCGAGAAAGAAAGUGGCGGAGGGAUUAUCGCGUUAAAAUAAACAACAAUACAAAGAAAAUCAACAUUUAAUCGGUCGACUGCAAAACCCGUUGCAUAUUGACCAUUAUGAUAAUUUGUAUAAUUUGUUAUUGAUAACAUAUUGCACUAUAAAAUGUGUACGGCUUACAUUAAAGAUGUUGGAUGGAAAACGUUAAAUAGUAAUUAACACUGAGUGUUAAUUAAACAACGCGCACAUAUAGCGGUAAUCGAAUAUACGGUACGUAUACAAUAUAGGUACAUAGAUGAUAUACACAUAUUAUUGUUAUAAUACAUUAGAAUGUCACACACGAAGAUUUAAAUGUACAAUAUUACAGUAUUCUGUAUAAUAUCCUGUGGUGUAACUAUGUUUGUGCUGUACAGUAUGAAAAUAUUUCUCAUGAAUAUGCAUUGUAUAGGGUUUCUUGUCUAUAUAGUUUUAACAAAAUAUAUUAUAAUUUAGUUAGUUAUUCUUAAUUUUAAUUACUAAAAUGAUUUUUAACGCCUAACAUUUGUAAUUUAUGUAAAAAUUCAACCCAAGGGUAGGACUCGCCUUGCCCCAUCACCUUGUGCACACCCUUAUGUAUAUAGGUACUGCCUGCAAAUAUCAAAUACCAAUAAGAGAUUAAACUGCUAUGAGCGCUAGUGAGAAUAGGUAUAUUCAGAACAAUGAUAAAAGCUUAACCAGUUUAGUGGUCACUUUUUCCUAGCUCGUUGGGCAUUUAUACCAUCUCAAUUCGUGACAUAAACCAACUAUAGUGUGAAAAGAAAUCCAAAGAGCGAUGGUAUAGAGCAGCGGUUCUCAAUCUUUUUUAGGACCACGACUAUAUUUCAGCAAAAUUGCUGGUAGAAAACUUGUUCAAAGAUAAAAACAAAAUUAACAUAAUUUUAAAACCAAUACAUUUCUCGCUCCGCUAAGAAAACUUAAAUUUCUUAGAGUCUAUAUACCUAAUUCAAAUUAAAGUCGUUUAGUAUAUUUUGGACUAGACAUUUUGUUAUUACAGCCAGGUUUAAAAAAAAAAAAAUUGCAUGUGGUCCAGAAUGAAAGGUCAAAAGUUAUAAAUAAAAGUUGUCGAAUAAAUUAUUCCAAUCUGGUUUUCAACAACGUAUACUGAAUCCAACUAUAUAACUUUGUUUGUAUUGCAACAAAUACAGAUAAGAACUUAGUUCAACAUAACACAUAGUUCAUAUUAUUUUAUUACAUGGAAUGCGUCGAAUAAAGAAUUCACUAUGUAAGAUGAUAUUAAUCGUUUAAAUCAUUUCAAAAUUAAUAACUUUGCCUUUAUUUAUUUAUAUCAUUACAUACUAUAAAUAUUUAAUAAUUAUUGUUUAUCUCGUGACAUUAAAAAUAUAUGAAUCAAAAUGGCGUAAUUUAGCAACUUAACAAACAAUUGUUUCGGUUAUUGCACAAGUUCACAUCUUUUAAUCAUGUAUAUUCCACCAUUAUCUGCCUAACAAUAUUAUAGGUGCACACACAUAAUAAUUUACACGUUUUAUAACGAACACGUAACAUAUAAUAUACCAGUACCGCGUUAAAAAAAAAAACGUGCCUUUUUUGUGUCGUUCUCUCUCCAAUUAUGCAGCAAUACAUAAUAUUAUUAUCAUAUUGGUAUGUCCGCAGUAUCCAAAGCCAAGAUCAUCGGUAACACGGAAAUGUACAUCCGGAGUGGGAGUGACAUAAACUUGACGUGCGUGGUGCUGGAAACACCGGACCCGCCCAGCUUCAUCUACUGGUACCGGGACCGUGACGUCAUCAACUAUUCGGGACGCGGUGGCAUUAGCGUGGUGACCGAGAAACAGACCAGGACUAGCCGGCUACUGAUAUCCAAAGCUCAACCACCAGACACAGGCAACUACACGUGUGCCCCGUCCGCCUCGGACUCAGCUAGCGUCACCGUGCACGUCCUCAACGGUUAGUAUUUACACAUUUUUAAAAAUAAACUUUUAAAUUGGUUUUUGAAUAAGCUGCACACCAGGGACACGCUAUAAAAAAUGAUAUCGCAGAGGUACUCCUAUUUAUAAAUAUUGACUAUUUAGAAACAUAAUUGUACAUGUUGGCUAGGGUUGCCAUAAAAGUCUAAGUACUGGCCGAAACGUUUAUCAAUUUUCAUUAAUCAUCAGUAAAAAUUUGUCCAUUUUUAUUUUACGUAGCGUAAAUAAAUUAACAAAGUGUUUUAUUUUACAGUUAAGUAAUCCAAUAAUAACAUUAAUAAAAUGGUUACUUUUCCAUUUAGAUCUAAAUUUUUAUUUUAUUCUUCCGUGGAAUUUAAUUUUUUUUCCAUGACAUAACCCAAGCUCUUAUUAGUCUUAUGUUAUAUCUCGUUAUAUAGUAGUAGGCAAUGUGGGAGAGGGUGAGGUGAAGGAGGGAUGGAAAGUGGUGCGUUCCCUAAUAAUAUUGAUAUUAUGAUGAAAAUUAGGUAUGAAAUCAAAGAUAGGUGCGAGAAAAAACAUUUUCGAAUAAUUUCUUAUCAACAUGUUUCCUUAUUAUAAAAAAGUCCGGGGAUAUUUUCCCGGGCCUUUUCUCUUCGCUUAAUCACUAUAAAUCUAAAGUUUUUUCUUUGUCGUCUAAUUACUCUACUCACUCACUGUUUGUCUUUAUCAUAACUGAUAAUGGUGUAACACGACCUCAGUAUGGACUUUGGCACCGCCGGUAUAUGUAAAGGAAGCUAGGAAGUGUUCUUCAAAUAUAAAUCAUACAACUCCUUCAAAAAUCUGUUGAAAUAUUGUUCGCUUUAUAUAUUAGGAAUUUUUGUUUGUAAAGAAUUUUAUAACAAUUUUUUUUUUCUGAAAAAUAAAAUAACCCAAUUUUUUUUCUCCACAAACGCAUUGUACAAGUUAAAAGUGAAAUUGCUCCUUUUGAAACUAAAUUGAAAACGUAUAAUUUUUUUUUAUUUUAAAGAAAAUAUAUAGCACAAACGAUUCGAUGAUUCUAAACGUAUUUUCGUUUUCGGUAUAUCAUGUCGACUUUUGAUCGUUGUCUGUUUUUUUUUUUCUUUUACGCUAUCAUGUACAUAUAAUAUCAUGCCGGACGUCCAUCUGUGGUUUCCGUUUCCUCGGUUUAUAUAUUAUUAUUACAACUGUUACGAUCUAAAAGACAUUCCAACGAUGGCAGUAAAAUAUUAUAUCGAUCGGCCGAUAGUAUAAAUAUAAAUCUCCGGAAAACAAACGUAUCGGUCGUCGUAUAGUUUACCGGGACAUCUCUAAACCUCAUCCUGAUAACGAUCGGUUUUAUAGUCGACAAAAACAACGUUGAAACGAUAAUAUAUUUUUAUUUUACUCUAAUUUGCAUGGUUGAUGGACAGAUGAACGGAUAAUUUAAAAACUUAUAAGUUUCGAAUCACGGGCAAGCUACCGUAAUUUACAGUAAUAUUACUGUAAAAACUGUUUUCGCGGAAAAAAACCUAUUCGGGCUAUAAACAUAAAAAAUCAAAUUUUCAUCUUAGAAUGAGAGAACUUGCGCUGUGUAAUGUUGAUUUAAUUUUUCGUUAUUAUAAUAAAAAAUCUAGCAAAGAAUGUGUUUUAUCGGUUUAUAUCGGCAUCUGUCAGAAUCAAUUCAAUUGACAUAUUCCUACAUAUAAUUAUAUAUGUAUAAUACAAUUAACAAAUUAACUAAUAUCUAUAUAUUAGGUUGGUUCAAAAAAAUUUAAUUACGAAAUUCAAAAUCUCGUUUAUUUUAAGUAAAUAAUAAAAAAGAUUUCGUGAAUAUUUUGACUCGAUAAUUUACCACCUUCCCAUGUGGAAAAAAGAUUAAAUCAUAACUCAAAAUGAUUGUUUCUAAUUAAUAUCAAUUUAAAAUGAAAGUGCAUGUCUAUCGUUUCCGGUCGAUCAUAUGUGAACUGGAAGACAUUUUCGUUUAUUGUGUCAUGUCGGUUUUGUGUCGUGUCGUGCCCGUAUAAGUGUGAAUCAGGCUUUAUAUUAAAACAUCACUCGAAUGAAGAAUUUAAACGCGUGCUCUGACGAAAUCUCUGCAGAAACGAUAUAUCGUCUCAUCGGAUUCGGAAAACCUGCGCAGUUUGGCAGUAAAAUUUCGAUGGAAAAUGUAUUUUAGCCGAUUUUUUUUGCUCUCGAUUUUCAGAUAUUACUCUGGACGUGUUCGCGAGCGAAAAAAAAACCGACCCCUUUAAAGUACCCACCUAUAUAUUAUGUAGUACCGUCUGCACGUUCAAUAUCGUAAUCUAUCUGGAAAAAAAAAAUGAAACUUUUCACGAAUUUAUUGCGUCGUCUUUCCGUAUAUAAUGCCGCAGUUUUCUACGAGGAAAGAAACAAAGCGCACAAAUUGCACAAACGCAUUUGGAUGUUCGGACUUUAGGUAUAAUAGGAAGAUCGAAUAUCGAGAGUGGAAAUCGAUCGUGACCCGUAAUAACUAUUAUACCCGCGCCUAUACCCUUCUUCUUCUUCCGCACGAAUAAAAAAUAAAUAUAGGUACAAAAAAAAAAAAAAACACGUUUUUCAAGGUGAUUUUACGCGAGGCGAUUUUCCCGCGGGAUGGGAGCAAAAAAAAAAAAAACGAUAUCGUUUGUCAGAGGUAGCCGAGAGGAACGGGUGAAAACCUCUGGCGGUUUUUACGCGCGGAUUUCUGGCGCUUUUUUCGGACGCGCGUGUUAACGAGGCGACAAAAACAAAAUAAUAAUAAUAACACGAGUAAUUAUCCCAUCGGUAAUAAUAAUAAUUCGAUGUUAUGUCAUAUACGACCGCGCGGCCACCUGUACGAUUCCCGGGGGGUUAUAUCCAUUUUUUGUCGUUGGUUUGUUGGUUUUUUCCUCUGUAUAAUUUCAACAAUAGUUAUUGUUUUACAGUGUUGUAAUAACUCGGUGUAACUACGUUAUUCGCGCGCGGAAUACUAUUUUAUGUACCGGUCAGCCGUCACAAAACGGCGGUGCAACUCGUUUACGCGCAGAAGAAAAUAUCGAGUAUUCCUUAAUUUCUCGACCGGAUAUAGUUAUCAGAAAAUUGAUACGCGACUAAACACGAUAUUUUUCUGCCGCCGACUGUUUCCAUUUCAAAUUAUGACCCGUAACAUGGCAUUAAAUGCUAUAAUUAGAUAGAACUGGACCGGAUACGGAUAGAACUCCGAAUAAACUUUGAGUACCUUAUAUUUCUAGAAAAACUUUUUUUUCAGGUAUAAAAAUACUUUGAUUUGUUUACACGUUACUUUAAAAUAUGCCCGAUUUUUAACCUAUUAUGGUAAUUGAUUUAAAAUAUUUUUUGACAUUCCUAUCAGUUAACAAAUAAUGCAUGAUCACGCUACCUUCAAUUUUACCAUUCGAACAGAACGAUUGAGAACACUUGAAAUUCACAAAGGCCUCAACGCUAACUUAAAUAACUAAUACGCUUAAAAACGAAUUUUCGUGCAACGUUGCCGUUAUUAUUUAUGUAAUUAGUGUUUAUUGUAAACAAGGACCUCUUUGAUAAGAACAUACCGCCAUUUUGUCGGCUUUACUAAUGACACCAAGUCAGCAAACCUAUUUAAUUGUUUAUACAUUAUUAUUAUUAUUAUCCGUAGUUUCAACUAUUAAUGUCCGCGGUCUAGGCGUAUUAGUCUCAGGGGCGUCAUUUGAGAGAUUCAGAUUAUAAUUCGGCAGCUCUGUUUUUCGUUAAUGUGUUUUCGGCCCGCGUAAAAUGUUAUUUAAUUGCACCGCCGUCGAUUGAAUGUAAAGAAAGAAAUAUGUCUGUACAUGGUAUUUGAAUACUAAAAUGUAAAAUAGGAAUUUGAACUGUCGAAACAAUCGAACAUUUUAUUUUUCUUUUCCGUGAAAUAAAUAAGAUAUACAAAUGGCCUGUUAGUGAAAAAGAAAUUGGCCCGAUUCAAAUGUUUGCGCGUCGUCCCUAUUGGAAAACUGAAAUGACGCCCUUGGACAACAGUCUCUACAACUAUGUGUCUAGCACCGACCGCCCCUUACCAUUAUACGCGUCGUGUUCGUCGACGAAUUUUUUUUUAUUAUCUUUGUUUUUUUUUUUUUUGCGUCACCCGAACAGGCGAACACCCGGCGGCCAUGCAACACGGCAACAGCAGCAACAGCGCCGUGACUCGACUGCUGCCCAUCUUCCUGUUGUUCGUGUGCCACUCCAUUCAGGUGCUGUUGGUCACCGACGUGUACGCGCCCGUCCGCUCCGUCAAGCUGACCGCCAGAUGAACGACGCGCGCGGUGUCCACCACUUUCCGCGGGCCGCGUCGACGUCACCGUCACCGUCGCGCGUAAACGUUGUCGGUCGAUUUUAUCACGACAACAAUAUUAUUUUGUUGUCCGAUCGAUAUUUCCACCUCCGCCGCCGCUAACCGAACGCACAAUAUCCGGAAUCCGGUAUGUUUUUUCGGGGCCGGCGUGGAAACGGAUUCCCGUUACUAUUAAUAUAAUCCUUCUUACGAUAUAAAAUUACGUCUCCUCUAAUAAUUAUGAUACGUUAUAAUAUUAUGUGAGUAAACUCUUAUCUUACUAUAAUAUUAUACUCUUACCGCGAAAAUCGUAAAUACAUUUCAAAAGAAAAAAAUCGAGGACGGCGGACUAUAAGGUGUCUAUAACAAACACACAUCGGCGACGACGACGCGACGAAUGAAUAAUAAAAUACGCGUGUUUGUAAAUAUUUUAAUCGAUUAUUUUUUUUUUUUUCAUCGUUCCGUUUCUCUAUAAUAAUAUUAUUAUAUUAUACCGCCGCUUCGUGGACGGGGUAAAUACGAAACAUUAUAGAUAUAAUCUGUACGAUUUGGGUAAAAAAAAAAAAAAAACCGUAUGUAUUACUAUUACAUAAUAUAUAUUUUCUAUGUUUACACCGCGUUCGUCGUUUUCUUAUUGUGUACAGUGAAAUCCUAUGUAUUAUUGUUAUGAUAAAUUUAUCAUAGGCGGAGAUUUAGGAUUGGGAGAUAGAGGAGGUCUAUCCUUCCAAAUUCAUUCAAAGCUCCCACCUAAAAUUCGUAUUUUAUGUAUGUAUAUAUAUAUAUAAUACGCCUUAAUACAUAAGGCUGUUUUAGUGUCCCACCCCCACUCGGCAAAAAUGUAUCGCAUCUCUUCCUAUGAUAUUAAUACUUAUAAAUAAUUUAUAAAAAAAAAAAAUAUUAUAUGUGUAUAGUUAAAAAAAUGUUAUUGAUUUUCGGUUUUUGUUUUUUGAGUUUUGUCUGUUGUUUUUUUUUUUCGUUCGAUCGUUACUAUGUCCUAUCAAAAAUAUACACCCAAUGCGAUCUCUCGUAAAGUAUUAUCUUUUUCCGGGCUUUUUUUUAAAAAAAAAUUUACAAAACAAGCAGCUCUAAAUUGUUACAUUAUUUAUUAUCGCCUGAUUUUCGGGGGAGAAACGACUGCCUACUUCUUUUGGAUUUUCGAAUAGUAACCUAUACUGAAAAUUCUAUAAAUAUUGGUAUUUAACUUUUAAAUUUGAAAAGGGGGGGCAGUAAUAGAGACACACUACUUUGGGUAUAAAUACAAACACUCUAAUUUCAAAUAAAAAUAUUUCGUCAACGAGUUAAUAACGGGUUAAAGUUCGUAAAAAUUUUAAUAUCAAAAUGCAAUUUAAAUCCGUAUACUAUUAUACUAUAGUGUUAUACUCCAGGUUUUGUUAUUUUAAAAUGGGAAGUAAUUGUUUCACGCUCAAAAAUAAGAGUGAUAGAAAAUAAUGGAACGCACAUUUCAGAGCUACUUGUUUCUUAAAUUAUACUAAAAAAAAAAAAAAAAAAAAAAAAAAAAAAAAUAUUCCGAAAAAUCUUAAUACUAACCGAGAUAUCGCAAUGGUUAUAUCUUCGUAGGACAACCUGUAUUAUUAUGAUUAUUACUGUUAUUAUUAUUGUAUUUACUUACCGAUUUUAGAUCGUGUUGCGUAUACUAUACUAUAGCGUUGUAAAUCGUUUGUUUUGUGUAAAAUAAAAAAUCACUUUCGGUCAUAGUUAUACCUAUGUCGGAACAUCAUUAAAAUAUUAAAUUGUCACCGCGUUUUUGUACAUAGAUUAUAAUUAUCAUAAACAUAACCAUGUUUCAACAGGAAUAUUUUGUUCUGUUUUUUUUUUUCUGUCUCAAUCAAAUCGUGU